GUGAAUAUAUCAAUAUAUCAAUUUAUAGCUGACGCUGUGUGCGCGCGCCCCCGGAACUCUUUUCCUCCAUUUUGUGUGAAAUUGUUGUUAUUUACUCGGUGUGAUGAGUCCAGCAGAUUUCUGUGAUCAGUUAUUAUUACCACCUACUGUUUAUUAGUGUGUGUAAGGCUAGCAUAACUAGCUAGUAGACUCGUUAUUGUAAAGACACGGAAUAGAAAUUUUUUUUUUAUUGUUAUUUUAUUAUAAUUGAUCAUUGAAUGUCUGGAAGGGAAGUUGUGUUACUGAGAAGUUACAGGUCUGUUGGUUUGUAAACAGCAGUUUCAGUUUCUCUUUCUGCUGAUUAGUCAGUCAUGACUAGUUAUUCCUGUUUUUCUGAGAUGUAUUUGUUUAUAUUUAUAGCCACAGGAUAAAAAGUGGACAAGCUGAGUUGGGUUAGAGCUCCAAGAGUGGCUAAACUGACAUUCUAAACAGUGGAAAGGUACAGAGUCUAAGUUUGAACGGAACCCCCUGCAGAUGAACGGUGCGGCGUUCCCGUCUCCUACAGCCGAGAUGGCCGAGAUGAACCGCAUCCACUACGAGCUUCAGUACACGGAGGGCAUCAGCCAGCGCAUGCGCGUGCCUGAGAUGCUGAAGGUCACUCCGUACACGAGCGAGGAGAAAGACGGCAGCGCCAAUCCGGACCACGAGUUGCUGCACACCACCAUGAUGCAGGUCCCCGACAGAAUCCUCGUAGCAGAAGACCAUGAAGACAUGCAGUUCUACAGACCCAGAGAUCUGGAUCUUAUCCAGUCCACGCCACUUGAGACCCUGUCUCUGAAGACUCCUCCUCGGGUUCUCACCCUCAACGAACGCCCCCUCGACUUCCUGGAAAUGGAGCAGCCCAGUGAAGAGGUACGCACUCAGAGCAGAGUACGCAGAGAACGUUCAGUCAGCGAAAACACAGCUGUGCGUCACAACGGCCAGAUGUCCCGAAACGACUCCUCUGUUUGUCCUCCUUCCCCCUCCGCCCUGCGCGCUCUGUCGCUCCGUCGUCCUCCCGAUGAGGCGCAGGGUGUUUCCGGCGCGCACGGCGUUCUCUCCUUCCUCCAGUCCAGCACACGUCGGGCCUACCAGCAGCUCCUGGAGGUCCUGGACGAGAACCAGCGCAGUAAGCCUUCUCUGAGAGGGGGUUCCACCUCCUCUAACCUCCAGCAUGAUAACAGAUUUGCCCUGGCUACACUGGACACGACUAUGGAAGGUGGAGAAGACCUGGCCGUGGCAGACGCUACAGCUUUAAGGAGACAGAUCAUUAAGCUGAACCGACGGCUGCAGCUCUUAGAGGAAGAGAACAAAGAGCGAGCCAAGCGCGAGAUGUUCAUGUACUCCAUCACCGUGGCCUUCUGGCUCAUCAACAGCUGGGUGUGGCUCCGGCGCUGAAUCACCAACCACCCUGUUUUACCUAAGCUCCGCCUCCUCGCUCCUCACUUCAAGUGUCAAACGUCAGCCCCGAUUUCUGCACUUGUGUCCCAGAGCUCGAGGAAGGCUCCUUCAGCUAAAAGACACAUGUCCUGUUCUUGUAUAUUUGUGAAUUGUUUUUUUUUGUUUUUUUUUAAAACAUUGACAUCAUUGUUCUUAAAGGCCAUGCAUGAACCAGGUGUAUAUAUACAUAUAUAUAUAUAUAUUCUCAUGCUUUUGCUGCUCUCUUAGACGAGAUUGCGCAUACACAAAGCCCUGUGCUUGUAUUGUUCUCAGAUCAUGUUAUGCCUGACUGUAUUCCCACAAGCACAACUAUACGGAUAAAGAUGAGCCGAUUCCCGACGUGUGAAAUGUUGCGUCUGGUCAAUACGGACCCAGGAAAACGGGACACACUCGUCUAAAUAUCUCGCUAAUAGUCUGACUGAUAGUGCUUAAUGUGUCGGAAUGUUGUGACGAUAUAAGGAUCACCCGGGAUUUUUUUGUAAAGCUGUUCUACGUCUUGAAAUUUUCUGUAACGUCUUGUUCUGCCUUUCUUGUGAUGGAUGUGAUGAUCGUGUUGGGAAUUUGAGACCAUGUUUGGAAUGAGACGACCAUAAUUAUGUAUUAUGACCACUCUCUCUCUCUCUCUCUCUCUCUCAUAUCCAUAUGCACUCUAACUACAGAACGAUUCUAUUUAAAUAAAGAGUACCUCCAUAUAUAAUGUCUUUAUUUCUUUUUGAAUGAUCUGAUGGUUUACCCUUUAUCUAUAAAACAGAUGAGACUUAUGGGGGAUGGAGAGCGCAGCUGAAGAUUCUGGAAGUUUACUACAUUUGGAGCAUUUAUGAUAGCUAGUUAAUGUAACUCCGUAACUCUGUCACACUUUACAGCCGUGGUGAGCAGAAAAGCAUCUCGUAACUUGCAACACGUUGAACCGUGGGGUGGAUGAGCUAAGACAUGUCAAGUUCUGCUCCUAUCGAAGAAGAACUUGAAUCCGAACCUACAGGACUGCACAGCUGAAGACUGGAAAAGGAAUUUAGCAUCGCAUUUAAUUAUAAUAGGAGUUGUUUUUUCUUUUCUUUUUUUGUUUAAUUCCUGAACCUCCCAUGCAAAAAUAAAAACAACAAAACAUGCUGAUAAUGUAAAUAACUUAAUAAAUCUACUUUAACCUGUUAUAUAUUAAGAAGACUAACCAUUUCAUGCAUCAAUUAUUUAUAUAUCUUUUUAUCUAAGUCAGAUUGCAUGAAAUGUGAAUGUGUAUUAAAAAGUAUAAAACAGUAUACUAAAGAAAAUCUUCAAACGUCCAUAAUUUCUCAGAUUUAUGUCUACAACAUGUAAUGGCAGGAUAGAUGUUGAAAUGUAGGCCUAUGCUAAAAAUAUUUAUCGAAAUGUAUAAAAAAUUGCAGUUAGAUUCAGGUUGGCAUGAUUUGUACUUAUCUUCUUCCUUAUUUAUUUAUUUAUUAUAUUAUUUAAUAAAAGUUUGCAACUCAAUCCAGAUUUACAAAAGUAAAAUUCCUUUGUUUGUUUUUUUCCUCUUUAUUUUCGGUCCUCAUUCCGGCCGCGUGUUGUCGCUGUAAUAAUGUCUGCACUAAAUGGUUCCAGUGAGAAUCUAGACAAGUCCCGCCCCUAUACUGCUAUUGGCUAGUUUACGCGCGAACGACUUCCUGACUGUCCAAUGGACGAGCAGUUUAGAAGUACGGGCUUACUGCCGGAUAAAAAAAAAUAAUAACGAAGAUUUUUUUUUCUUUUUUACAUUCAAUGUCAAUUAAGAAUAAAAUAAUUUCUUGUUAAAUUUGAAUGCCUUACAAACUUUAAUUAAUUUUUUUUAAAG